AUGGUGUCAUUUGACGUCGUCUCACUCUUCACGUUCAUACCACAGGCCCUUGCGGUCGAGACGCUCAGUGGCCUGCUUCGUCAGAAUUACGACGAGGGCGAUGGCCUGCCCACAGCUCAGGAUCUCAUAGAACUCAUGGGGCACUGCCUCAAGAAAUUUUUUACCUUCGAGGGGAUCACCUAUGAGCAAAUUAAGGGCACUCCGAUGGGUUCACCGAUCUCCGGACUAAUUGCCGAGGCCGUUCUGCAAAAACUCGAGAAACGACUGUUCGGGGAAUACAAAGCCACGUUUUGGGCGCGCUACGUUGAUGAUACCUUCGUAAUCAUCAAUCAGGAUAAAAUUAGCUACUAUGAAGAACUAUUGAACUCAAUCAUCCCCGACCUACAGUUCACGAUGGAAGAAGAAGUGGAGAGCAAACUUUCAUUUUUGGAUGUUCUCAUCUGCCGCCAACCAGACAGUAAACUGGCGACGUCUGUCUACAGAAAACCGAUGAACACGCUGCAAAUGCUCAAUUACAGCAGCAACCACCCACUGCAACACAAACGAAGCUGUGUACGCACGCUAUACCGACGGGUGGAAACUCAUUGCAGCACUCCAGUCGCAAAACUGGACGAGAUGAAGCUCCUCCAAGAACUCUUCAGAGCCAUCAGCUAUCCGCGAACAUUCGUUGAACGGAGCCGAAAACAACCAAGGAAGCGGAAUGAAGAACCUAGUCAGCCAAAAUCGUGGCGGAGCAUUCCAUACAUGAAAGGGGUCUCCGAAGCCGUAGCCAGAUCCCUCGCGCCGCUCGGAAUAGGCGUUGCCCACAGGCCCGACUCCACAAUCCGCCGGCAAGGGAUGCGGCCAAAAGACCCGAUCCCUAAACAGGAGAUGUCGUCUGUGGUCUACCGACUUCUGUGCAGCUGCGGAAUGUGUAACUACGUUGGGGGAAACCGGCCGGCGGCUACAAACACGCAUGCACGAGCAUAA